AUGGUUCUCGACCCUCUGAGUGCAUUUUCCGUCGCGUGCAAUGUCCUCCAGAUUGUGGAGACGAGCCUCCGUGUCUUGGGCAAGACGGCGGAGUGCUACAAGAGUGGAGCCCCGGACGAAGUCAGCAUCAUCAUCGGCAACCUGUACACAAUUGAAGGCCUCAACGAUGAGCUCCAAAACUUUAUACCAGACCCGCUUGGGAAGAUCCCACUGUCCGCCACGGAGCUGAGGCUGGUCGAGGCAAAUGAGGAGUGCCUGAGGUUGUCGGGAGAUUUCAUUCGCCUUCUCGAGGGCCUCAAGGUCACCAAGAAAUCUGUUUGGCAUAGCAUUGGCAGCAGUAUCAAAACGAUGUGGUAUCAGGAUAAGCUGGCAGGCUUUGAGAAGGCGGUCGCCGAGAGUCGAGCGAAUCUGACUCUUGCUUUCCUGCUCCUGAUGCACGAGCGCUCCUUGAUGAUGCAGAACGGUAUCAUCAAGGCUACUACCGACGUCGAAGACCGCAUCCUCGACAUCGUCAAGAAGAAUACGGGCUCGUUGAAGGCAGAAAUUAGAAAGUUGACGUCUUCAGAGGGCUUCAGAUGA